AUGGUAGCAUUUUCACAAACACCUUGGAGUCGGUAUAGAGAUAGAUGUAUAAGCUUACCUGCUCGAUCGCAUCCAUCCACGAUUCGGGUUGAGCAAGAGCUAGCCAAGCUUCGAUCCUUGGAUCCUUCUUCCUUCUCAAGCAUUGAAGCGAAUUGUAGCGCUCUCUCCGGCCUGGUGGAGCUCUACAGAUGCAUAAACGAGGUUCUGAACCUCCCACUGGUCCAACAAGCCCUAGCCUCACACCGACGUGAAAUUUGGGUACAGGAAUUGGUGGAUGGCUCUGUAAGAUUCCUGGAUAUCUGCGACAAUACGAGAGACGCUGUUUUUGUGAUAAAAGAAAGCAUUCGACAGCUCCAAUCGGCGAUCCGGCGAAGCAAAUACGAAGAUUCGGGCGUCGAGAACAGCAUCGCUGCAUAUAUCAGCUUGAGAAAGAAGAUCAAGCAUGAAAGCUUGAAGAAAUCGCUCGCAUCGCUCAGACAAAUGGAUUACACCUCCGGAGCCUCUCCUCCUCUUCAAUUAGAGAACGAAGUGACGGUGGCGGUGAUCAGAGUGCUGAGAGAAGCAAGCUCCAUCACCUCGUCCAUCUUCAACUCUCUAUUGUCUCUCCUCGCCGUGCCGGUGCACUGGAGGCCGAAACCUAGCCGAUGGUCAGUGGUGUCAAGGCUCGUGCACAAGGGAGCAAUCACACGCAACAAUCAGGCAGAGAGAGCCAACGAGUUGGAGAACCUGGACAUGGCGAUCGAGGCGAUGCAGUUCGGAUCGUUGAGAAGAGACGCAGAAGCGGAGGAGAAGAUCCAAUCGAUUGUUCGAGAGAGACUUCUGGGGUUGGAUUCGAGCAUUGAAAGAAUCGAACAUGGAACAGAAGGAUUGUUCAGGGAAUUGAUUCAUACCAGAGUUUCUCUUCUGAAUAUAAUUACUCAGUAA